AUGUUGAGACUGGCAUGGCUUUGCCUUCAAGGGGCGCUAGCCCAGGAUAUCGACCUGGAAGCACUGCUGGGAGGUCUCGGUGGCAUGUCCAAGGGUGGCAAAGGAGGCUCCGAUCGUUUGUGCCCGACUGGAAAGAUCCCCGUCCCAAAGCUGGACCAUCACGAGCGGAUGAUGGCGAAUGGCUGUGGCCCCCAAGGCCUCGUGAUCAAGGAGCCAUAUGGCCUGUAUCGCUGCUGCAACAGCCAUGACGUGUGUUUCUCCGUUUGUGGAACUUCACACAAGUUCUGCGAGGACCAGUUUUCGCGAUGCAUGAACGAGGUCUGUGAGCAGAAGUCGCCGUCCGAGCGAGAAGAGUGCACGCAGCAGGCUACAUCAUUCUCUUCGAUGACCAAGGCGUUUGGGAAAGGCUUUCACCAAGCCUCUCAGAAGGACUCCUGCGAGUGCGCUCCCAAAGCAGAGGCAAAGGAGAGACAUCGUGAGUACCUUGAGAACUUCUACAGGGCCUACAACUCCUCGAAGCAGAGCGACGCCCACGACGAUCUCUCCGAAUGGGGCGGCAAGGAGGCAGAGCUGUACUUCGACCUUGUGAAAACGUACGGACACAUGUUCGUUGAAUUCACUGAUGUUCCCAAGCAGUUCGAUGCCAUUCCCAAGGUGGCCGGAACCUUCCGGGGCGCGCCCAAGUUCCUGAACAGCAACCAGGUCUUGCUGUACCGGGGCAGCGACGAUGAUCAGGAUGUCCCAUGCUGGAAGCUUUCCUGGAAGGAAGAUGGUGAUGACGAUGAGGACAGUGACGAGGCGAAUGAACGAAUGUUGCUCGAGCAGCUGUGGUCGGCCGAAGAUGUCACAGAGGAUGUGCCCGACCAUAAGAUUGGGUGGGACUUUAGCCAGAAAGGCGGUACCGCUUCGGCACCGCCGACUGGAUCCUGGACACACGACAAAGGCGUGGGCAUUUGGGGGAGUCCAGGCAAAAACCCGGUUCAUGUGAACAAGCUGGACAACCCGCCGCUGCCGUUGCUGUUGUCGGCCCUGGGCCUUGCCAAGAAGUACAUCGUUGAGUACAUGGUGCGAUGGCUCAUGGAAGCCACUUGGGAGAGGCUCAGUGCCCAAACCUUCGAGCAGAUACUGGCCACGGCGAUUCUGCUGGACAUCUCGCCUUUGCGGAUGCGCUGCCUGAGAUUCGCAGAGCACUGCAGCGCCAUCCGCGCGAGGUAUGAUGAAGGCGGCUUUACCGAGCCGCUGGUGUCCUUCGAACUUCAGGCUAUUUGGCCCCAGCGCGAGACGAAGCGGCGGCGGGUGUUCUGA